AUGCACCUCUCCACCCUCCUGGCAUUCUUCACCCUCCAUCUUUCCUUGAUUGCCGCAACAGAACUCUCCCCGCCCACGCUCUACGACCGCUACAACAAUACAUCCAACCUCGCGAAACGCGCCAGCUGCGGCGACGGCAUGUCAUGUCUGAUCGGCGUGUGCUGCGGCGACGGCUGCGCGAUGAACUGCUGCGCGAUGGAUAACGGAGGACUCGGAUGCGGAAUCACAGAACGCUGCCAGUUCAAGGGCAACGUCUUCGUGGGCUGCUGUGGGAAUCUGAUCGGGGGAUGCACCGGCGAAGCUACCCGCGUGACCAUCCACACACCCUACUCCACCGUAACCCUGAAACCAGGCACGGGCAAUAGCAUAAUCAACACCAACGAGGCCCGGACGACUUCAACGGAGGGGGUGAUGACGGCGAUUUCGGCCAGCGAGACGGAGAUGAUGUCGACGCCCACGUCCGCUUCGGCUUCAUCCGCAACAAGGAGGUAUACCAGUGCCACUGAGACGGCUGCGACAACGGCGCGUGCGCGCACGACGGCGCGGUCGACGACGCCAACGCCCACGUCCACGUCCACGUUAACGGAUGGAACUGGGUUGGGGAAAACGGGGACUCUGGGGCCUGCUGAUGGGAUUGCGGGAGCGGGAGCGGGUGGAUUCUCGCAGAUGCCGAAUGGGGCGGGGAGGGUGAUGGGUGUAUUAGGGAUGGGGAUGGGGAUGGGGGUGGGUGUUGCUUUGGGUGUUUUGAUUGUGGUUUAG